AUGCACCACUUCCUCACCACCACCCCCCUCCUCCCCCUCUUCCUCUCCACCCUCCCCACCCUCGCCCUCGCCCACCCAGGCGUAGCACCCCCACCCCCAGCCAUACCCAAAACCUCCACCUCAUCCACGGCUUCCUCAUCCCAACAAACCAACCCACCCUCAAGCCACAUCCCCGCCAACGGGAUCACCUGCGCCACAGCCAACGAAACCGCGCACAUCCUGGACGCCAACACGAUCUCCCUCGUUCAGUCGGGCGCAAGCACGCGGUACCAAUACUACCUCACAAACCAGAACACCGAAUCCGACAUCGCCGACCCAGCGCCAAGCUGGCCGCGCGAAUUCGCCCUCUCCAUGGUCGCAUCCUCCUACACCGUGAUACCCGCCCAGGGGUGCCAGUGGGAAGAUGGCGUAUUACUCUACGCGCCGAUAUCGUACCCCGGCACCAUAGCGCCGACGGAACUUGAUGGCAACGGCAAGCCGAAUGCCGUGGGGACGAUCACGCCGGAUAUUGUGGUGUUCCAGACGCCGGUGCGGGAGCAGGAUGCUGAUGGUGUUGCCCAGGGGGCGUGGCUGCCGGGCCCAUUUUGUGCGGUGUUGACGAACUCGGAUGCGGGGGCGGGGGAGCAGUUGUUUGUGCAGGGUGGGGAUGGGAGCGUUAAUGAGAAGGUGGGCGGGUAUCAUCAGUGUAAUGCUGCGUGA